GUGGCAAGAUGGCUAAAGGGACUGAUAAUGAGAUGUGGAAUCUGUCAUCUCCAGCCUCACAAUCUCUCAAUGAUGAAGGAACCAUGGUGAGUAAAGACCCCAGCAAAUGCUUGCUUACAGCCUCUGAAAGUGAAGUUGAUCCAGCAACAUCGCUUGCCUUAGAGAUGAAAUAUGCACUGGAUUCCAAUCGGCAGAUCAAGAAAAGGAACAAAGCCCUACAGGUGAGAUUCAAAGACAUCUGCGAGGCCCAGAACGAGCAGAGGGACAAGCAACUUUCUACAUUACAGCAGACAGACAAAAAGGAAGCAAAGCCCAUCACUUACAGAGCAGCUUACCGGAAAUAUAUGACAGUGCCUGCCCGGAGAUCAAUCCCUAAUGUUACUAAAAGUACAGGAGUUCAGACUUCACCUGAACUUAAAAAGUGUUACCAGACAUUCCCUUUGGACCGGAAAAAAGGGAAUAUCAUCAAAAGCAUAGCUUCUGUUGACACUUUUCCCAGUCAAAACAAUGGAUUCCUAAUAGAUGUUAAAGAUAAAGACAGCAGAAUCUCAGGGGAGGCUGCUCAGUGUAGCAAGAAAGUCACUGGAUUUGUGACAGCCGAGUUUAUUUCCCAUGCUAACGAACGGAUGAAUGCAAUAGAGCAGCCUUCUAGUGACAACUGCUCAGAGACAUGUAGAAGCACUGAUUUGCACAGCUGUACUAAAGAACCUCCUUCUCUUCAAAACUCAGCAGCUUCUGUUUCAGAAGAGCCUGAUUACCAGCUGCAUGACAAAGCAAAACACCACACAGGGCCGUUGGGGAACGAGGAGGCUAAUCCAGCCACCCAUGGAAAAGUGUUCAAGACCGAAGUAGCUUCCGUCUACUUGCCUGCAUCCGGCUCGCACACCUCGCAGGCUGAUCUGCAGAAUUCUGCAGCAGGGAAUGAAUGGUCUCUGUGCCUGGCUGAGGAGGACAGAAAAAGAACAGUGCAUCUUAAUGGCCUGCAAUCACAAGCUGUAAGUGCAGCUCAGGCCUGUUCGACGCAGGCACAGUGCCAGUCGACCGAAUGUAAUGAACAGACCCUUCAGAUACAUGUUUCACCCAUGGAAGGAAAUCAGCCUUGUCAGACAGCAGUUGCUGUGAGUGAAGGAUGUCAACAAAUUGUGCCUCACACAGAAGUGGUAGACUUGAAAGCACAGCUACAGAUGAUGGAGAACUUGAUCAGCUCUAGCCAGGAAACCAUAAAGGUCUUGCUGGGGGUUAUUCAGGAGCUGGAAAAAGGAGAAGCUCACAGAGAAGGAUUUUGUUCCAUGGGGAAAAACCUUAUGUCGAAAUCGGACCUUGACUAUGUAAUGAAAGCUUCUUCUCAUUUGUUGAGACUUGAUCCAUUAAAGCUUUCAUAUCGGACUGGUCAAGACACAUCUAACUGUGACACAUGCAGGAACAGUGCAUGUAUAAUCUAUAGUGUGGAAUUAGAUUUUAAGCAACAAGAAGACAAACUACAGCCAGUUCUGAGAAAACUUCAUCCUAUUGAGGAAACUCAGGUUGCACCUUUGCCUUACUCCCAGGACAGUUACUCAACUCCUAAGCAAAAAUCCAAAACUGAAUCAAAAAAGCACGGAAGAUGGAAACUCUGGUUUCUUUAACUAAGUCCAUAGUAUACGGAAUUGAAGGCCUUCUUUGAAAACAAAAAA